GAGCGAAUGCAAUCGGUGGAGCGAUGGAUAAACAGUAUCCCAAUGGAUGUGCCCAUAUUCGUGCAGACCUCACUGACCCAAAUCGUGCCCAUCACUGACCCCAAAUCCUUUCCCGAUGAGCUCUCCGUCUCUGACCAUCUUCCCUCUGCCACCAAUAAUAGUGCUGCUGAUAGCUCCCGUGGUAUGUUUCGCGAAAAUUUCACCCUUUUUAUCUAA